AUGGAAGAAAUUCUUGCCAUAAUGGAAGAACUGUCAGGACUUGGGGUUAGUAAAGAUAAAAUUGCAGCAUCCAGUGCUCUCACUUCUAUUUUAAACAUACUUGAUUCGGAAAACAAAGGUUUCCAACAACAAGCUAUUAGAAUAAUGUACAAUUUGUCCUUCAGUCGUGAAGUCUGUCCCCGCAUGUUAUCUCUCAAGUGCAUCCCAAAAUUACUGCCAUUUUUUAAAGACAGAACCCUUUUGAGAUACUGCAUAUAUAUAUUGAAGAAUCUUUGUGAUACUGAAGAGGGUAAGAAUUCUGUUGCUGAAACGAAGGGAUGCAUAGCUUCUGUUGCUGAUAUACUUCACACAGGCAAUAAUGAAGAACAAGAGCACGCACUAGCAGUUCUAGUCUCUUUAUGCUCUCAACAUGUGAAUUAUUGUAAGUUGGUAAUGCGUGAGCAUGAGGAUAUCAUAACUCCUCUUUUCUUGAUCUCCCAGAAUGGAAAUGAUAAAGGAAAGGCAAGUGCGUCGGAAUUGAUCCAUAUUUUGAAUGAUGUUAACAUUGUUGAGAAUGAAGGCUGCCCAGAACCAAAUAUCAGCAACUCUUCUCGAGAUUCUGACAGCCACCCUGAAGAAAAUAGACCAUCGAAGAGAUCCCCUUUUUUUAAGAAACUAUCACCAUUCUCAAAGUCCUCAAAUGCAUCAAAAACCAAAAGAUGA